AUGUGCAUUGCAGCUUUUGUUUGGCAAGCGCACCCUCUCUACCCAUUGAUUCUCUUGCUUAACAGAGAUGAAUAUCACAACAGGCCUACAAAACAAGUAGCAUGGUGGGAAGGUGGUGAGAUAUUGGGAGGGAAAGAUGAGGUUGCGGGGGGAACAUGGUUGGCUUGUUCAAGAGAAGGUAGAGUGGCCUUUCUAACAAAUGUGUUGGAGCUUCACACCCUCCCUGAGGCAAAGAGCAGAGGAGAUCUCUCUGUCCGUUUCUUAAAGAGCAAAAAGAGCCCCAGGGAAUUUGCCGAGGACAUGGUGAAAGAGGCACAUCAGUAUAACGGCUUUAACCUGAUAAUGGUUGAUCUUCCCUCCAAAACCAUGAUUUACAUGUCCAACAGGCCAAAAGGGGAAUCUAUUAUAGUUCAGGACGUUCAUCCUGGUAUUCACGUGCUCUCAAAUGCAAAGCUGGACUCUCCUUGGCCUAAGGCUCAGCGCUUGGGACUGAAUUUCAAGAAACUACUUGACAUAUAUGGUGAAGGGGAUAUCCCUAUGAAAGAGAUGGUUGAAAAACUAAUGCGAGACAGAAUUAAAGCUGAUGAGAGGAAGUUACCUCAUAUAUGUUCCCUUGACUGGGAGUCUGGUCUAAGCUCCAUAUUUGUUGAAGUAGACACUCCAAUGGGACGAUAUGGCACUAGAAGCACAGCUGCUCUGACCACAAGAGCAACAGGGGAAGUCAGCUUUUAUGAGAUCUAUCUUGAAGGGGACAUGUGGAAAGAGCAAACUUUGAGUUACAAUAUCAAGAAGCCGAAUUAG